GUUGGUCUCCCCGCUGUCAAAACAAUCAACAAAAAGAGCGAGGUGUUGUUUUGUUGUGUUCGUGGAAAGUUUCCUUUAUCAGAAAUGGAAGGAUUAUCUCCAGAAAAAGCAUUAUUAAUGGAAAUUGCAUUGGAACUGUUGGGUAACACCGUCUACGAUGUAUUUGGAUUAAAACAAGACAGUCUAAUCGAUCUCUUCAAGGAUAAUGCUCUCUCUAACUCUAACCAAAAAAAUGCCACAAAUAUGACGCCAACAGCAGCAGCUCAGCAAUCUCUUUUACGUCCUCUUCCACAACGUGUGGUCAACCAAGAAAUUCAGUUCCCAAAGACAAUUCCCAUCAAUUCUAUGCUCGAUCAACAGUGUUGGAAUACGGAAAUGAAUAGCUAUCAGAAAGAGUCUAAAUCUAGGCAGUUCAUGCAAUCAGGAAAGAAUCAAGAAUUUGUCAAUACAAUGCUUAAAAAAAUUGAAACAGAAUACAACACUAUCCUGAAAUCCAGCACUAAACAGAAACAAAAUUAUUUUAUGGACUUCUGGAUGGAAUCAGUGAACGAUAAUAAAUGUCCAGACAUUACAGAGGAAGAAAUUGCUCCUAUUGCUGAGAAGUUCUUCUCCAUGGAAAGACAGAAUCUCGAGAGACAGUGCACAGAACACAAGAAUUCCAUAAUUAAUAUGAAGAAAUCUGCAAGUAGUGAAUUGGAGGUUGCAGUAAUCCAAGAAAUAACACAUAAAAUAGCUGCAGUUAAGAAUAGGUUGGAACAAUAUCUUCUAAACCCUCAUGAUGAAACUUGAUUUGAAUUGAAAGAACUUUUAUAAAGAUAAAGAAGCUA